CUUUGCAGCAGUGUGACAGGAUGGUCUGUUGGCUCGGUGAGCUCCUCUGCUGAAGCUUCCACCGGCGGAUGAACUUUUCCGCGCGCCACGGCUCCGCUGAGCCACGCGCUCGUCUCUCGGCGGUUCAGCCGAUGGGAGCGCACUGAAACUCUGCCGCUCUCACUUGGGUCUCUCCUCUUCCAAAACGUUUGAGAAAAUGCAGAAGAGCGUCCGUUACAACGAAGGGCACGCGCUGUUUCUGUCGGCGGUGGCGCGUAAAGACGGAACCAAGCGUGGCUACCUGAGCAAGAAGACGACGGAGAACAGCCGCUGGCACGAGAAGUUCUUCGCUCUUUACCAAAAUAUACUGUUCUACUUCGAGAACGAGCAGAGCGCGCGACCUGCAGGGAUUUACCUGUUGGAAGGAUGCACCUGUGAGCGCGCGCCGGCACCCAAGAUGUGCGCAACAGCGAAAGAGGCGCUGGAGAAACAGCAUUACUUCCUCAUUGUGUUUGGACACGAUGGACAGAAGCCCCUGGAGCUGCGCACAGAGGAGGAGAGCGAGUGUGAUGAAUGGGUGGAGGCCAUUCAACAAGCCAGUUACUCAGACAUCAUCAUCGAGCGUGAGGUGUUGAUGCAAAAAUACAUCCACUUGGUGCAGAUUGUGGAGACUGAGAAGGUGGCGGCCAACCAACUGCGCACACAGCUGGAGGAUCAGGACACAGAAAUCGAGAGGCUGAAAUCAGAGAUUGUAGCGCUGAACAAAACUAAGGCAAGGAUGCGAUCUUACCAUGUGAGCCAUGAAAAUGAAGACCCGGACAUUAAAAAGAUCAAAAAGGUGCAGAGUUUCAUGCGAGGCUGGCUCUGCCGGAGGAAGUGGAAAAUCAUCGUUCAGGACUACAUCUGCUCUCCUCACGCUGAGAGCAUGAGGAAGAGAAAUCAGAUUGUCUUCAACAUGGUGGAGGCAGAGACUGAGUACGUCCAUCAGCUCUACAUCUUGGUGAACUGCUUCCUCAGACCGCUUAGGAUGGCUGCCAGCUCCAAGAAACCUCCCAUUAGCCAUGAUGACGUCAGCAGCAUCUUCCUCAACAGUGAGACCAUUAUGUUCCUGCAUGAGAUUUUCCAUCAAGGCUUGAAGGCGCGGAUAGCCAACUGGCCAACUCUGGUGCUGGCUGACCUGUUUGACAUCCUGCUGCCCAUGCUAAACAUCUAUCAGGAGUUUGUGCGGAAUCAUCAGUACAGUCUGCAGGUUUUGGCGAACUGCAAGCAGAACAGAGACUUUGACAAGCUGCUCAAACAGUACGAGUCCAACGCUGCCUGUGAGGGAAGGAUGCUGGAGACCUUCCUCACAUACCCCAUGUUCCAGAUCCCACGCUACAUCAUCACCUUGCAUGAGUUAUUAGCACAUACGCCUCAUGAGCACGUGGAACGCAAGAGUCUGGAGUUUGCCAAGUCCAAACUAGAAGAAUUGUCCAGAGUAAUGCACGAUGAGGUGAGCGACACAGAAAACAUCCGGAAGAAUCUGGCCAUAGAGAGGAUGAUAGUGGAGGGCUGUGACAUCCUGCUGGACACCAGCCAGACGUUUAUCCGACAGGGUUCUCUGAUCCAACUGCCAUCGGUGGAGCGAGGGAAGCUUAGUAAGGUCCGCCUGGGCUCUCUGUCUCUGAAGAAGGAAGGGGAAAGACAGUGCUUCCUCUUCACCAAACACUUCCUGGUCUGCACACGCAGCUCUGGGGGGAAACUGCACCUUCUCAAGCAAGGUGGAGUUUUGUCCCUAAUUGACUGCACACUCAUAGAGGAACCAGAUGCCAAUGAUGAGGAGUCUAAAUCUGGUGGUCAGGUAUUCGGUCAGCUGGACUUCAAGCUUGUUGUGGAGACACCAGACUCUCCUUCAUUCACUGUAGUCUUAUUGGCACCAUCGCGCCAGGAAAAAGCUGCAUGGACGAGUGACAUUAGUCAGUGCAUAGAUAAUAUCCGCUGUAAUGGCUUGAUGACCAGUGUGUUUGAGGAAAACUCUAAAGUCACUGUGCCUCUUUUGAUCAAAUCCGAUGUGCGCCUCCAUAAAGAUGAUGUUGACAUUUGCUUCAGCAAGACGCUCAACUCCUGCAAGGUCCCCCAGAUCCGCUAUGCCAGCGUGGAGCGGCUGCUGGAAAGGCUGACUGACCUGCGCUUCCUCUCCAUAGACUUCCUCAACACCUUCCUGCACACGUACAGGAUUUUCACCACGGCAGCUGUGGUCAUGGACAAACUGGCUGACAUCUACAAGAAACCCUUCUCUUGCAUUCCUAUCAGGUCCUUGGAGUUGUUUUUUGCCACCAGUCAGAAUAACAGAAGCAGUGAACACAUGAACGACAAAUCCCCUCGUCUCUGCCGCAAGUUCUCCUCUCCUCCUCCUCUUUCCAUCUCAUCCCGCACAUCUUCUCCUGUUCGUACAAGGAAGCUGUCCCUCCACUCCCCCAUCACAUCAAGGGUCGGGGGCCUCGAUCUUGCCAGUCCUCUUUCUCAUUCUACCAUCAUCCACAGCAGCUCCCAGUCUGCAGCCAGCAGCCCCACAUCUGCAUACAGUCCACAGACCCCGAUGCCUCAGACGCCGACUCCAACCACUUCCUCUCCUCCCCCCUCCUCCACAUCUCCCCCACCCAGCAAUGGCAAGCCGACACAGGAUCAAGUUCUUCCUGAUCCUUCAUCCCCGGACCAGAGUCCCUACUCCAACGUAGAGGGAGAUGAGCUGCCAAGGAUCGACCCUUUCAGUGGCAAACUGCGAAGAAGCUUCCGCAGAGCUGUCCUGGAAUCUGUAUCAUCUGAGAAAAUAAUCCCAGAGUCUCCUCAGAACAGUGAAGCAGGAGACAUGUCCCCGUGCCGCUCCCCUUCCACACCGCGACACCUCCGCUACAGGCAGCCUGGAGUCCAGUUAGGGGAGAACUCAUGGUGCUCAGUUUCUCCAGCAUCAGCCUUCGCUAUUGCCACUGCAGCAGCAGGACAUGGUACAACACCAGUUUUUUCCAACUCUGAAAGAAUGUGCGAUAAAGAGUUCAUCAUCCGCAGAGCUGCAACUAACAGAGUGCUCAACGUGCUGCGUCACUGGGUCUCAAAACACUCCCAGGACUUUGAGAUGAAUGGGGAACUAAAGAUGGCGGUGGUCUGGCUCCUGGAGGAGGUCCUCAGAGAUCCAGACCUUCUCCCUCAGGAGAGGAAAGCUGCUGCCAACAUACUAAGUGCCCUUUCUCAGGAUGAGCAGGAUGAUGCCCAGCUGAGGAUAGAAGACAUCCUACAGAUGGCGGACUGUCCAAAGGCUGAGUGCUUUGAGUCUCUCUCAGCGAUGGAGCUGGCCGAGCAGAUCACUCUGCUGGAUCAUAUCAUCUUCAGGAGCAUUCCUUACGAAGAGUUCCUGGGUCAAGGCUGGAUGAAGGUUGAUAAGACAGAAAGGACACCUUACAUCAUGAAAACAAGUCAACACUUUAAUGAUAUGAGUAACCUGGUGGCCUCGCAGAUCAUGACUCACACUGAUGUUGGUUCGAGGGCCAGCUCCAUAGAAAAGUGGGUAGCUGUGGCUGAUAUCUGCCGCUGCCUCAACAAUUUCAAUGGUGUGUUGGAGAUCACAUCUGCACUCAAUCGCAGUGCCAUCUACCGCUUAAAGAAGACUUGGGCAAAAGUCUCCAAACAGACUAAAGCCCUAAUGGACAAACUGCAGAAGACCAUUUCAUCUGAGGGAAGAUUUAAAAAUUUGAGGGAAACCCUUAAAAACUGCAACCCUCCAUGUGUGCCAUACCUGGGAAUGUACCUGACAGACCUUGCUUUCAUUGAGGAAGGAACACCCAAUUUCACUGAAGAAGGCCUCGUCAAUUUCUCCAAAAUGAGAAUGAUCUCCCACAUCAUCAGAGAGAUCCGACAGUUCCAGCAGACACCAUACAGAAUUGAGCAUCAAGACAAGGUGACCCAGUACCUUCUGGAUAAGACUCUCGUCAUGGAUGAAGACACCCUCUAUGAUCUGUCUCUGAAGAUUGAACCCAGGCUGCCAGCCUGAGUGACAGAUGCCUUGGCCAGUGGGAGCCUUCAGAUCUGGGACCCCCUCACUAGGGGCCCACACAUUCUCAUCAGUGAAGAGGGAUGACAAGUUUUCAGGACAAUGUAGAAAUGUUUAACAGAGAGAGCUUCAGUCAACGGCAAGGCUGAGUGACCGUGAGAAGACAAAGUGUAAAGGAUUCAAGGAGAAAACGAUGGAAUGUUUUUUGGUUUUGGAGGACAGUACAUGGCCC